AUGGCAAGAGUGGCAGAAACCACCUCCGUAUGCUACCCACACCCUGCCUGCAGAGGAAAGCUGCGUGACUACAUCGGUAUAUACGAAGCAUCCCGAGUGCCAGAGUUGCCAAGGAACCGUCUAUGUAUAUGUGCCAAAGACAGAGUACCACGAGAAGACGACCACGGUCAGCAAGUCUACUGUUCACACCUCGUCGCGCCGUUUCACCACAACCACGACCACCACGGCCAAGAACCCAUCCAUCGUCCAUCCUUCGUCCAGCUCCAGCCCGUGGACUACCAGCAGAGGGCCGACGUCGUCAACCACCAGCAGAGGGCCGACGUCGUCAACCACCAGCAGGGGGCCAACGUCGUCGACGACGCAUCCUCCCCCUCCCCCUCCUGUCAGGCCCUCUUCCACCAAACCUUGGUCUUCCUCGACCAAGCCCUCCCCCACGACCGAGGCUAG